AUGGACGACACAGACGAGGAAUAUGACCGGCUCGUUGAACACCUGGACGACUGCACGAAGGAAGUUGAGAGUUUUGAAACCACCAAGAGACGCCUGUCUCUUGAGCUGAUGCCCACUCUCGAGAACGCAAUGCGAAAACUGGAAUGGGAUGACAUGGGAGUGAAGGUUGAUGGUCGGGAGCUACACCAUUUGUGCUUUACUGAUGACAUUGUUCCAACAACACCUAACAUCAGCCAAGCGGAAGGAAUGCUGACUGAAUUCGACGAAACAUGUGAAUGCAUCGAUCUUCAGCUGAAUCUGUAA